UAUUCUUCCAAGUUCUAGUAGAAGUAUUAUUCCAUGGAGGUGUCUUAAUGUGUUAUAGCAUCGAGAAAUGAUAGCAGGAUCAUCACUCUUCAAACUCAGACUCCUUCACCCAAUUAUCUCGCGCUCUUGUUCCUCCAUUAUCGAUCUUCGCACAUCUCCUUCUUUCUCCUCUCUCCUUCAUUUUCCUCUUUCUAAUUCCAUUGCAUCCUCCACCAUUUUCUCGAAAGCUAGGGUUUUAGCUAUGUCGACUGCUUCAGGCGAUAAUAUUUUCGGCCUCGUUCAGUUUCCUUUGUCUCCUUCUAGUUUUCUUAAUGUCCAGAAAGGCGAUAUCACUCAGUGGUCCGUCGAUGGCUCCUCCGACGCCAUUGUUAAUGCUGCGAAUAAAAGAAUGCUUGGUGGCGGUGGUGUAGAUGGAGCCAUACACAGAGCUGCAGGUCCAGAGCUGAAAGAAGCUUGUUAUAAAGUACCUGAAGUUCGCCCAGGAGUUCGCUGUCCAACUGGAGAAGCAAGGAUAACCCCUGGUUUCAGAUUACCUGCGUCUCAUGUCAUCCACACUGUGGGGCCCAUAUAUGAUGUUGACAGAAACCCAAAGGUUUCAUUAUCAAAUGCUUAUAGAAACAGUUUGCUUGUUGCAAAGGAGAAUAAUAUUCGAUAUAUUGCCUUUCCUGCCAUAUCUUGCGGUGUUUUUGGAUAUCCUUAUGAUGAAGCAGCCAGUGUAGCCAUAUCCACAGUCAAGGAAUUCGCCAAUGACUUUAAGGAGGUUUAUUUUAUACUGUUCCCCGAUGACAUAUAUAAUGUUUGGUUGGAGAAAGCAAAGUUAAUUGUUGGAAAAUAGAGUUAUUAUUGAUUAACCUAAGUAUGUUCCCAAAUGUAUUGAUCGUCAUAAUUUGAAACUACUUUUGCAAGCUUUUGCUUUCUCUGCUCUGUUUUGUUCUUCUCAACUUAUAUAUACUUGCUAAUGAACUAAAUUGAACCUCUGAAGUACUGUUUUUUUUGUUUUUUUUUAAAAACAAAAAAAAAACUUAUCAAGUAUUAAUGUGUUUCAUUGAA